AUGACUGACCCUACAACUCUUGCAAAUGCUUUUACCAUAACGCCUGUGCGAGACCUUACCGACCUGAAAGACACAAUAUCGCUCUUCUAUGCAUAUGCUGGAUCUCUAGGAUUUGACCUUGCCUUCCAAAACUUUGAUGCGGAAAUGGCGGCGAUGCCAGGAAGAUACUCGCCGCCACAAGGAGAGUUGCUGAUUGCUCGAGACUCCGACGGAAAUGCCACUGGUUGUGUGGGACUGCGUCCUCUUCCAUUCCCUGGACGCGAUCUGCAAAUAUGUGAAAUGAAGCGGCUGUACGUGACUCCUUCAGGACGGGGAACUGGUGUUGGCAAAGCAUUGGCCUCAGCCAUUAUUGCCAUAGCACAGCAACUUGGAUAUUCCGAGAUGAGGUUGGAUACUCUGCCAAGUAUGGUUGCUGCCCUCAAAAUGUACCGUAUGUUUGGAUUCGAAGACAUUCCUGCCUAUUACCAGACGCCGUUGGAAGGGACUCAUUUUCUGGCACUACGACUUGACAAGCACCGGACAAAUUCAACUGCGGAUGUAGCAGAUGCGCAACACGAAGGCCAUGUUUGA